UAAUUUCAUUUCUAAAAUGAAAAAAAGUUUCCAGGCAAUCCUCUCUCUAGAUGAAUUAUAAUAACUCAUUUGUUAAAUUUGUGUUUAGCCACAUUUCUUAAAUGUCUCCAGCCACACCCAGGCCCCAUCACCGCCUUCUAGAUUAGAAAUAAAUCCCUCAAACAGAACCUGUGAGACAACAUGAAGGCAGCUGGACGUGUAACACACCGUGUCCUGAUCUAAAGACGUUUACAGACACAAGAGAAACAAAAUCACUGACAUCCACUGAUGUAGAAGGCUUAAGAAGCCGAGGAGAACCAGAGUGGAGAAAACAUGGUUGGUCUGGCAGUCGCUCCUAGAGAACAUCAGUGACCGGACCAGGAGGACAGAGGAUCCAGAACCAACGUCUGAAGCUCUGAGGACCUCAGUGAACGAGUUCAGAUUCAACAGUAGGAAAGAGAAACGAGGCACCAGAACCACCGCUGACCCACAGAAACACAAAGACCCGCCUCACAUUUAUCAAAAACAUCCUGAUGGACCUCCAGAACCCUGGAGGAUCAUCUUCUGCAUUGCACAAGGGUUCUGGGGCAGUGACCCAAACCACAGCAGAGAGUUCACCUUUGACCUUUUGGAGUGGCCUAGACAAAGCCCGACCAGGCUGCUGUUGCCACUUGCUGCAGUCAUGGAUGGCAAAGCCAGCAGGUUUACGGAGGGCGUGAAUACUUUGAUGCAUAUGAAGCAGAACAUUAUGACCAGCUGGCUAAUGGUGCCUAAACUGUUUUCAUGUGUUUCAGGCUUGGUGUUUCUGAUGUUUCCUGCAGCAGAGCUCUCAUCUCUGAACUGCAGCGUCAUCAGACUUCCCAGCUGCACCUUCAGGUACCGGCCGGCCCAGUGGACCCGCUCCGCUGGCUGCAACGCGUUCUGGGAGGACCACGACAGGGUUGUGAUUGCCCAGGAUUCUGAAUUCAACCAAACUCUCGUAGAGACUCUGACAGACGAGCACAUCGACCUGAAGAUCUGCCAACGUCACCUGAGAUACACGCUGGACUGUCUGAAGGCUGUGCAGACGGUCGACUGCAGAGUGAACUGCAGCCUCUUGGAGCUCCAUGACUGUCCUCCAGCAGCCAAGUUCUGCUUCUCUGAAUCGGCGUGCUUCGACAGUUUUACUGCAGGUCUCUUCUUCGGUGGUGUAGCUGGUGCCGUCCUCCUGGUUCUGAUCAUCUGGUGGGCCGUCACCAAAUACAAACGCAGGAAAUCUGCAGCUGUGAACGUCUUGUAUGCUGCACCGACUGAUCAGGUUCAGAAACUAGAAGAUGGAGCCCUUGGGAAACAGAUCCACAUCCAUGUGGAACCUGCAGAACUAACUUAGACAAACCAUCCCGUCUGUUUAGAACAAAGUCUUCUGGGAAGCUGCAGAGCUUUGAAAUUCAACCUCCAUCAGAUAUUCAUGACCUCAACUUACGUUCCUUGAAUCCUUCCCUGUUAUGCCAGGAUGUUUUGAAGCAUAUUUACUCUCAUGGUUCUGCUGCAGCAUGCGAGCCCUCCAGAUGUCCUCCAGAGGAACCUGCAGCAGAAGAGAGACUGUCCACCUCCUGGUGUCCUGCUGUGAGAACCUGGAGCUCCUCUGGUUUCCAUCUGAAGUCAGUGGGGAGCUGCUUUGACUUGUUUGAGUUUAAUAAUGUCAGGUUCACAAGGCAAGAUUUGAAAAUUGUCGUCUGAUUUUCAGAACCUGUGAGACCCGAC